GCGUUGUUAGUCAUAUAAACAACAGCACACGGGAAAGCAUACAUUUCACUUUGCUUGAAUAUUAUCUUGUUUCCUCUCGACAAAAAGGAAUAAAAAUGUCUCAGAGUGCAGGGACACUGAUAACGACUAACAAUGCGACUUAUAUCCCACCUAGGUUCAUGCCAGGGUACCAUGGGCAUUGUCCAACAUUAAAGUUCAGUUAUGGGGAGACAUAUGGAAACUCAACCUCCAAGUACUUCCAAGAUUACAGAUCUGAAACAUUGAACAAUUCUCACAGUGUCUACAACAAAGGAGGUAGUUUCCCAACAUUCUAUUCACAUAAUCCUGAUAUUGUUAUGAGCAAUAGAUCAAGAACAUGGGAUAAGCGUUUAGCUGCUCCUCGCUAUGAACUCUCACACACUCAUCAUGAUAGACAAGAACAACUGGACAAAUUCCAUAAGAUGUCGCAUGCCCACAGAGAGCACUACAAAGACACUACGGGUGAAGUCCCACGUAUGGACCACUUUGUUCUACCAGUAAAAGCCGAGGAUCAGUUCAAGAAACAUUUACCAUUCCUCAUUAGGACCAAUAAAUACACCAACGAUAUCCACCUUCCAUACCUCAACAACGUUGCUAGGCGACCACCGAUAACAAAGAAGUGGUAUCCCAAGUCGUGUCAAAGAGACAGAGAGAUGAGAGACGUCUACUUUGAGGAGAGAUAAAUCUAUAUUGCAUUUUAUAAUUUUAUAGUCUUGAGGCGACAUCUUUGAAUACACAUAAAAUGUAUAUUGUGAAAUAUACAUGGCCAUCGAAUAGAAAGGCAAAAAGUAAUGUCUCUUUACCAUUGAAUAAUUGAGUUAAAACUUAAAAACGAAACAAUCACUCCCAUUCCUUAUACUGCCAUGGUUACCAAGACAUUAGGUGGGGUUUGGAAUCGGACGAGAAGGGAAGUGUGCUCUAGUUUAAAGAAACCAUAUUGCCAUAUGAAUUAUACAUGUUUUUGUACUGCCAACAAAUUCAUGAGUGUAAACGAACUUUUAUCUAUUUUUUCACACUUAUAAACUGAUGAAAUUGAUGAUAACUACCAGUAUGUUUAAAGUGUAAGAGAAAC